AUGACCACCAAGCUGACGCAGCUGGGCGUGGCCGUGCAAAAACAGGCUGUGCGCCUGCAGCGCCUGGCAGUGCCUGUCCUUCGAUCCUGGGUGCCAGGUGGCCCUGAGGCUCACUCCUUCAAACCGAUAGUAAAAGUGGACUGGCGUGGCGGCCUUUCUUCCUUCGUACACGGAGUGUGGGUGUCGGCCCCUCAGUGCUACUUCGUCUGCGGUGGAGAUUAUGAAGGGCCGCCGGAGCGGGUGGUGCUGGAGCCACUCCCUGAGAUGGAGCUGGGACGGGCCUAUAACCUGACGUGCUGGGUUCUGAAUGUGGCUCCCGUCGCACACCUCACCAUGACCAUCCGCCGGGGGGCACAGACCCUGCACACGGAGACCUUCCAGAACCAUACCAGGAUCGGACCCAACAACAUCCCAGUGACCCAUGAGAUCACCCCUCAGCGACGGGACCACGGGCAGGAGAUCACCUGCCACGCAGCCCUGGACCUGACACCGCACGGGCCCCACUUCGAAAACAGCUCUUCUGCAGUGGAACUCAAGGUUUAUGAUCUCCCAGAGGAGCCCCAGCUCCUAACCUCCCUCUAUAUCGAGGUGGGCACCAGGGCGACCGCCCGCUGUGGGGUGGCCGGGGUCUUCCCCACUGUGGGAGAGGCCCGGUUCACCCUGUCCUUUGGGGGAGAGAGCCUGAACUUCACCGUCACCACAUCGGGCGACACGGCCACCGCCCAGGGCGAGGUUUGGUCCCUGUUCCCGGGACAGCGUGAGCUGAAAUGCACCGUGACCGUGGGCCCUGUGUCCAGAUCCGCAGGGCAGAGCGUUCUCGUUUACAGUCUCCCCGAGCCUGUUCUGGAGGUAACUGAGUCCCGGACCCUCGUUAACAGCAGCGUAAUCGUUACGUGCCGUUCUCCUGAGGCCGACCCCCUGGGCGUCCUGCUCCAGCUCAGAGACGCCAAGCGAGUCCUGGUCCCCAGCGCCCCCGCUCAGCCCCCUGUGCAGUUCCAGCUGACGGCUGGUGAGGAAGACGACGGGAGGGAGUUCACGUGUGAAGCAAGGCCUCACUCAGGCAUCCCGGCUGUGAAACACACGUCCGCCAGGCUUACUGUCUUCUACGGGCCCAGGAUGGACGACUCCGGCUGUCCCAGGGAGUGGAUCUGGAAGGAGGGGACGGAGCAAAGCUUCUCCUGCCUGGCCCGGGGGAACCCAGCACCAGCCGUGGAGUGCAUGAAGGACGGGGUGUCUGUCAGCAUCGGGGUGCAGCGGCAGGUCAGGAGAGAGGACGCCGGGACCUACCGCUGCAAAGCAUCCAACGCACACGGCUCAGCCAGCCGGGAGGUGACUGUUCAGGUGGAGUACUUCCACAUCCUGCCGUUGGUCCUGGGGCUGGUAGGUGCGGCUGCUGCUGGGGCCGGACUAGCCGCGUGGGGCUACAUGUACUAUCGCUCCAAGAGAAUCCGCAAGUACCGGCUCAGACAGCAGCAGGCCAAGCCGGCCGAGCAGACGAACCUGAACGGGGCCGCCCAGAGCACACCUGAUGUGGAGCACAGUGUCUAGGUCUGGACUGCAGGACCCAGAGC